AUGCCUCGAGGAGCAUCUCGACAACAUCAAUCGACAUCAUUGGAGAAACAUCAUUGGAGAUCCUUGAUACCUCCGUCCCAGUCUUCUCCUUCGCCGCAGCGUCUCUGGAACCGUGGCCGUGUCCAGAUCUCUCCGUCUUGGCCCGUCACACUUCACCAUGAAUCUCCGCGCGCAGAGGGAAUCUUUAGACUCACUGCUGAGAACAGUGAAGAACAAGCAGUGACAGAGCAAGUAAACAGAGGAUUCAUACCAGAGAGAAUCGAUGUUCAUUGUUUAGCAGGGCUUAUCAAGGCAUGGUUUAGAGAACUCCCUACAAGCGUUCUUGAUGUCUUGUCACCUGAGAAAGUCAUGCAAUGCCAAACAGAAGAGGAAUACGUCGAGCUUGUUAACCUUCUUCCACCAACGGAAGCUUAUCUUCUUGAUUGGGCCAUCAACAUAAUGGCUGACGUUGUUCAGUAUGAGUAUAUUUGUUUGUAUAUUUAUUUGUAA